AUGGACAUCAUGGGCAACCCCGGGGAAGGUGGCGGAGGAGGAGGAGGGAGCAUGGGUGGAGGCAUGGGAGGCGACCAAGACGCGUUCGCGGAACAGUUCAAACAGUUUUGCAUGAAACCGGAAAACAAAGAGAAAGUUCAGGAACAUCAGAGGAAAGAAGUCAGGAGAGCGGAAAGAGUCGGACAUCGCAUCGAGGCGUGUGGAUUUCGAGAAAAAGUGUUGGAAUCUGAUUACGAGGCGCAACAAAACAUAGCGCCUUUUAUGGAACACAAGUUCUUGAGGAGAAUUAUCCAGACGUUUUGUAACGACGAACAAGGUGAUUUCGGGAAGUGGGCGAAAAAUCCUCGCGUGAUUGAAAUGCUUCAACAUGCGAAAGAUCUCGUCGAUAACGGCUACGUCGACGAAGAGGAGUUGCAAUAUCGCAUGAUCGAGUACUUGAAAAACCCAAACGCGGAAGGGCACGAGCAGUUCGAUAAGAAAGUCAAUCGGAAAGUCAACGUCGAAUCGAAAGAUUUAGUCGGCGCUUUGAACGAACAGUGCACGUUACGACACGAAGGUAACUUGCAGUACGCGAAGAAAAAUUUUGAAGAGGCGAAGGAGAAGUACGAACAAGCUUUGUCGAUUAUGAAUCUCAUCAAAGCCGCGGACAGGCAAAUGGGCCAAUUUGAAAUCGAGCAAAACAAGUCGCUCUGUUUAAUGAACAUCGCGUCGGCGUGCAUCGGGAUGAAGGAUUACGGAGAAGCGAUCGAGCGUUUAAAUAAAGCCGAGGAGGUUUGGCCGGAACCGCCGGGAAAUUUCAAGCUGUACACGAGAAGAGCUCGAGCGCACGUGUACAGAGCGAAUUUUACCGAGGCAAAGAAAGAUUUACAAACCGCAAAAUCGAUCGAUCCGAACCACGAGGAAAUCGAGGAAGUCGAGUGGAUGAUUGACGCGUUCAAAAGUAAAUACGCCAAGGAAGAGAAGGAACGCGCGAGAACUAUGUUCAAGUUCCCGAAGGUUUUAAUGUCCGAUCAAAAGACAAAGAAAAGACCCUCGAACAGAUGGCCGCACUCGUACGGAUGGUAA